CCCAGCAACCCAACUCGCUUCAAAAUGGCCGACGUGUUUUGAUAGAAUGGAUGCGGAUGGCGUAGGAUUUACGUGUUUUUGUAAUUUUUCAUAUCAAUUAUCAUACUUUUAACUUUGCAAACAUGUCGAUGAUAGCUAAGAACAGGACGAAAAGCACUUGGACUCCAUUGAGCAACGAUGAAACAAAUAACAAGAUAUUUGAAGAGAGAAGAAUUCUUGUUGGAAAAUGGUAUGACCGAUGGAGCGAUGACCAGCGCCGGCGCCUGCUGGAAGAUUUGGUCAUGAAGAGCAAGAACAGGCAGUUAGACUAUGCCCGGGACCUCAUCAAGGAGAAGGUUCCCGCCCUACGUAAAGACUUCACACGAGUCGUGCCAAGAGUGGUCUCCCUUUAUAUUAUGUCCUACCUUGAUCCACGAAGUCUGUGCAGAUGUUCGAGGGUGUGCUGGUAUUGGAAGUACCUGUCGGAGCUGGAUCAGCUGUGGAUGAUCAAGUGUCUUCGACUGGGCUGGUUCCUAUCCUUCACUCCCAGCCCCUUCGAGAAUGGAGUCUGGAAGAGGAACUACCUAGAGCACAUCAAGAGUCUGCAGGUCCUACGUCCAGCAGAGCGGCCUUAUAUUGACAUGGAGAAACUCAAUUUACACUCCAAGAGGGACGACAAAAACAGAAAUUCCAAGAAAACGAAGCCAUGGCGUGGGUCUGACCCUGUGCCAAAGGACACAUGGAGAUACAAUGUGUUGGAGAAUGAUGACGUGGUGCAGGAUGUCGGUCAGAUGAGGAAGAAGAAGAGGUACCCCGGAGAUGACAGCAUGAAGAACGCCAAGAGUAAACUGAACACACACCAGAGUCUUUCCCUCACGAGGAGAUCCCAGUCCAUGUCCAGACUCCAUACCUCUGUGACCUCCAUGACGUCCCCGGAUCGGCCAAAGUGGGCAGUGCACACAACAGGUGCCCCACUGAUGAACCGAGAUUCCACUUUGCAUAAUGGGGUUGCAUCGACAAUUUCCAGGCCACAGCCAGUUGGAGGUCAGCCCAAGACCCCGAAAUCCUUCCGCCCGAUCAGGUCUGAGAGAGACCCACCAAGUUCUGAUUUGUUUCCCAGCAAACCGUGGAAGCUGCUAGAUGGGAACCUCUCCGAUGAGAACUGAGAGCUGUCAGUCUCCAUUUGUAUAGGGUCACUCAUUCCAGGAGAGAGUGAAUAGUGUGUCCUGUACACUAACACGUCCGGUCAGUUGAUGUGCUGAACUACUGCUUGGAGACUAACUACGAUCAGUGCUUGUUCCAGAAGCCCCAGAUUGUAACACAUUGAUAUGAAUACAAGCCAAGUUGUGUACUUUGUGUGCAAACUUAUUGAAAUAUUAAGUAAGGAAUAUUUAUAAGGUUGCAAGAGAGAUGAAAUAAAUAUGACCUGCCCCAAAUAGAUACAAUACUUUGUGUUGUCAACACGGGUCCAUUCCUCGUCCAUCGUGGCAAGGACGCAUGUUGUGUUGACAUCUAGUAUUCAGUAUCUGUCAGUAGGACACACAGAACAGGGGUCGAUUUAACUGCUGGCCUGUGGUUCCGUGGCCAGUGAAAAUUACAAAGGGCUCGCUGAAACAUAAAGAUGACCUGUCUGGCUAGUCAAAAUUUCACCCCUUCUCUGUGUAAGUCUUAGAUUUUUAAUUGGAUCAUCUCAGUAGAAUGACAACCGGCCGCCAUUUUGUAAUACUGUGUGCAACAAUUUCUUAAUUUACUCAUAAUUCACCUUGCAAUGAGGCUAAUAGAAGCCAAGAUUUAAUCUCAGAGUGCGGGAAAAAACAUUUUAGGGCCGAGGCGUUCUAAAACUUUCGGAACCCUGCUAGGUGGUUUAUCUACCUCAGGUUCAAUUGGCUAGCUGGCUGGUGCAGUGAUGGAGUGUGGGGUUGAUGCUGCACUGGCUGGUGCAGUGAUGCAGUGUGGGGUUGAUGCUGCACUGGCUGGUGCAGUGAUGCAGUGUAGGGUUGAUGCUGCACUGGCUGGUGCAGUGAUGGAGUGUGGGGUUGAUGCUGCACUGGCUGGUGCAGUGAUGCAGUGUAGGGUUGAUGCUGCACUGGCUGGUGCAGUGAUGCAGUGUAGGGUUGAUGCUGCACUGGCUGGUGCAGUGAUGGAGUGUAGGGUUGUUGCUGCACUGACUGGUGCAGUGAUGGAGUGUGGGGUUGAUGCUGCACUGGCUGGUGCAGUGAUGGAGUGUGGGGUUGAUGCUGCACUGGCUGGUGCAGUGAUGGAGUGUAGGGUUGAUGCUGCACUGGCUGGUGCAGUGAUGGAGUGUAGGGUUGAUGCUGCACUGGCUGGUGCAGUGAUGGAGUGUAGGGUUGAUGCUGCACUGGCUGGUGCAGUGAUGGAGUGUAGGGUUGAUGCUGCACUGGCUGGUGCAGUGAUGGAGUGUGGGGUUGAUGCUGCACUGGCUGGUGCAGUGAUGCAGUGUGUAGGGUUGAUGCUGCACUGGCUGGUGCAGUGAUGGAGUGUGGGGUUGAUGCUGCACUGGCUGGUGCAGUGAUGGAGUGUGUAGGGUUGAUGCUGCACUGGCUGGUGCAGUGAUGCAGUGUAGGGUUGAUGCUGCACUGGCUGGUGCAGUGAUGCAGUGUGGGGUUGAUGCUGCACUGGCUGGUGCAGUGAUGCAGUGUAGGGUUGAUGCUGCACUGGCUGGUGCAGUGAUGGAGUGUGGGGUUGAUGCUGCACUGGCUGGUGCAGUGAUGGAGUGUAGGGUUGAUGCUGCACUGGCUGGUGCAGUGAUGGAGUGUGGGGUUGAUGCUGCACUGGCUGGUGCAGUGAUGGAGUGUGGGGUUGAUGCUGCACUGGCUGGUGCAGUGAUGGAGUGUGUAGGAUUGAUGCUGCACUGGCUGGUGCAGUGAUGGAGUGUAGGGUUGAUGCUGCACUGGCUGGUGCAGUGAUGGAGUGUGUAGGGUUGAUGCUGCGCUGGCUGGUGCAGUGAUGCAGUGUGUAGGGUUGAUGCUGCACUGGCUGGUGCAGUGAUGGAGUGUAGGGUUGUUGCUGCACUGGCUGGUGCAGUGAUGGAGUGUAGGGUUGUUGCUGCACUGGCUGGUGCAGUGAUGGAGUGUAGGGUUGAUGCUGCACUGGCUGGUGCAGUGAUGGAGUGUAGGGUUGUUGCUGCACUGGCUGGUGCAGUGAUGGAGUGUGUGGGGUUGUUGCUGCACUGGCUGGUGCAGUGAUGGAGUGUGUAGGGUUGAUGCUGCACUGGCUGGUGCAGUGAUGCAGUGUGUAGGGUUGAUGCUGCACUGGCUGGUGCAGUGAUGGAGUGUGGGGUUGUUGCUGCACUGGCUGGUGCAGUGAUGGAGUGUGUGGGGUUGUUGCUGCACUGGCUGGUGCAGUGAUGGAGUGUGUAGGGUUGAUGCUGCACUGGCUGGUGCAGUGAUGCAGUGUGUAGGGUUGAUGCUGAACUGGCUGGUGCAGUGAUGGAGUGUAGGGUUGUUGCUGCACUGGCUGGUGCAGUGAUGGAGUGUAGGGUUGAUGCUGCACUGGCUGGUGCAGUGAUGCAGUGUGUAGGGUUGAUGCUGCACUGGCUGGUGCAGUGAUGGAGUGUAGGGUUGUUGCUGCACUGGCUGGUGCAGUGAUGGAGUGUGUGGGGUUGUUGCUGCACUGGCUGGUGCAGUGAUGGAGUGUAGGGUUGUUGCUGCACUGGCUGGUGCAGUGAUGGAGUGUGUAGGGUUGAUGCUGCACUGGCUGGUGCAGUGAUGGAGUGUAGGGUUGUUGCCGCACUGGCUGGUGCAGUGAUGGAGUGUGUGGGGUUGUUGCUGCACUGGCUGGUGCAGUGAUGGAGUGUGUAGGGUUGAUGCUGCACUGGCUGGUGCAGUGAUGCAGUGUGUAGGGUUGAUGCUGAACUGGCUGGUGCAGUGAUGGAGUGUAGGGUUGAUGCUGCACUGGCCGGUGCAGUGAUGGAGUGUGGGGUUGAUGCUGCACUGGCUGGUGCAGUGAUGGAGUGUGUGGGGUUGAUGCUGCACUGGCUGGUGCAGUGAUGGAGUGUAGGGUUGAUGCUGAACUGGCUGGUGCAGUGAUGGAGUGUGGGGUUGAUGCUGCACUGGCUGGUGCAGUGAUGGAGUGUGGGGUUGAUGCUGCACUGGCUGGUGCAGUGAUGGAGUGUGUGGGGUUGAUGCUGCACUGGCUGGUGCAGUGAUGGAGUGUAGGGUUGAUGCUGCACUGGCUGGUGCAGUGAUGGAGUGUGGGGUUGAUGCUGCACUGGCUGGUGCAGUGAUGGAGUGUGGGGUUGAUGCUGCACUGGCUGGUGCAGUGAUGGAGUGUGUGGGGUUGAUGCUGCACUGGCUGGUGCAGUGAUGGAGUGUAGGGUUGAUGCUGCACUGGCUGGUGCAGUGAUGGAGUGUAGGGUUGAUGCUGCACUGGCUGGUGCAGUGAUGGAGUGUAGGGUUGAUGCUGCACUGGCCGGUGCAGUGAUGCAGUGUGGGGUUGAUGCUGCGCUGGCUGGUGCAGUGAUGGAGUGUGGGGUUGAUGCUGCACUGGCUGGUGCAGUGAUGGAGUGUAGGGUUGAUGCUGAACUGGCUGGUGCAGUGAUGGAGUGUGGGGUUGAUGCUGCACUGGCUGGUGCAGUGAUGGAGUGUGGGGUUGAUGCUGCACUGGCUGGUGCAGUGAUGGAGUGUGGGGUUGAUGCUGCACUGGCUGGUGCAGUGAUGGAGUGUGUAGGGUUGAUGCUGCACUGGCUGGUGCAGUGAUGCAGUGUGUAGGGUUGAUGCUGCACUGGCUAGUGCAGUGAUGGAGUGUGGGGUUGAUGCUGCACUGGCUGGUGCAGUGAUGCAGUGUGUAGGGUUGAUGCUGCGUUAGAUUGUACAGCUUCAACUCAAUGUCGUAGUGGUGAAUCUGUACCUGUGAUGUUGUCACUUGAAGAUCAGGAUAUAAAAUAUGUUUAUUUAUUUUUAUCAUUGUACAUUUUCUAUAUGUUUACAUACUUUGUAAUAGUUUUUGUCAAAUAUUUCAUGACAUAUAUUAAGUUCUAUGGAUAUAUUACAUUCCUACAUAUUUUAACUUAUGUACUUGCUUACUUAGGUCAAUUUAGCAUAUUAAAUUUGUAACUUAGAGCUGUCAGCACAUUAGGAGUUACCAAAGUUUGUGAUGGUCAUCUUGGACAUUGCCAUACUGUACUGCUCCAUGUCCUGUUGCCGUUGUGUUGCACUGUGUGAUAUCAGUUAUAUUGCACUUUAUGAUAUCAGUGGUAUUCAUCUUGACUAUGAUAUAAGUGGUACUGCUCUAUGAUAUCCAUGGUAUUGCACUGUAUGGUAUCAGCGAUAUUGCAUGGUAUGAGAUCAGUAGUAUUGCAUGGAAUGCUAUCAGCGGUAUUGCAUUGUAAUAUAUCAUUGGAAUUGCACGGAAUGUCAGUGGUAUUGUGCUGUAUGGUAUCAGUGGUAUUGCAUGGUAUAAUAUCAAUAUUAUUGCACUGAAUGAUAUCAGUGGUAUUGUGUGGUAUGAUAUCAUUGGUGUUGCGCCAUAUGAUAUCAGCGGUAUUGCACUGUAUAUUAUCAGCGGUAUUACAUGGUAUAAUGUCAUUGGUAUUGCACGGAACCAUAUCAGCGGUAUUGCACGGAAAGUUAUCAGCAGUAUUUCUCGGUAUGUCGGUGGUAUUGCAUUGUUUGAUAUCAGUGGUAUUCCACUGUCGGAUAUCAGUAGUAUUUACACUGUGACUGUGAUACAAGUUUGUUAUGCUGUGAUGACGGUCAUGUGACAGAGAGAUUCUCAAACAAAAUGUGCCUUUGUAAAAUCAAGCAUCAAGCAUCAAGAUCAACAACAGCAAUAAUGUAAUAAAGUGCAUUUAUGUGA